AUGGACUCAUUUGUAUUAUCUCCUCUCAGAUCUGUGUUAUCUGACAAUUCAGAUAUUGAAUUGUCAGAUAACACAGUUCAAAGAUGUUGGUGGAAGAAGCUUGAGGAGAACACGGGGGAUGUGAUGGCGGUUUUAGAAAAUAAACAAACAGACCAAGACGUAAAUGUAGAAAAUUAUAUUGAUGCUCACAUUUUAAGGCAGGAGAAAAAGUAUUUCUCAGUCGAUUUGCCAGCAACUAGUGAUGCAGAAUCAGUAAGCAGCAUUGUUAUACCCCAAAGAAAACUUUUUGCACAAAAAGAUAGUCAAACUGUGAAAUUUGAACAAAUAAUGGUCAAUAGAGAAAGCCUGGCACAACUACAUCGAAGCAAAAUUAAUUAUGAUAAAACUAUUAAUGAUCGUAAAAAAGAUUCAUUUAACAGGAGUGCAAAGGAACCCAGUAAACCUGUAUUUCCUGCAAAAAUUGCAAAUCAGGGCCAGUCACGAAAACUCAUAGGAAACCGAGCAGGCGCUAAACGCAAGAAUAUAUUUACUGAAUUUUUUGUAUCAGAAAGCGAAGAUGAAAUUUCUAUUAUUAAACAAAAAUUUUUUGGAUCUUCCAAAAACAAUAAACACCAGAAACAAAAAAAUUCAGCCCCACGUAAACUUCGAAAAUGUUCUCGAAGUUCUGAACCAAAUGAAAUGGCAUCAUUUUUGCCAAAAGGACGCAACACUAGCGUAAGAAAAACUAAAAUCAUCAUUAAACCACAAAUCAACUUCAAACCAAGUCUUGCAAAGGAACGCAGCAAACCUGUAUUUCCUGCAAAAAUUGCAAAUCAGGGCCAGGCACGAAAACUUACUGAAUUUAUUAUAUCAGAAAGCGAAGAUGAAAUUUCUAUUAUUAAACAAAAAUUUUUUGGAUCCUCCAAAAACAAUAAACACCAGCAACGAAAAAAUUCAACCCCACGUGAAUUUCGAGAAACUACUUCUGAUGAUAUAAGUGAUAUGGAUAUGGAUGAAUGGAAACUUUUACCAUCAUCUACAAUGGUUGAUAUCCAACUUGAUAAUAUUGAAGAAUGUACUACCUCCGAGAAAAUGGAUAAAGGUGAAAUAGAUUUAGCCAAAAACGUAGUUGUACAAAAACACACUAGGAGUAAUGAUAAUAAUAGUAGCAAGAAUUUUUCUUUUGAAUCCCCAGAAUACGCUCUACAUCAUGUACCAAAUAAAAUGGCAUCAUUUUCGCCAAACGGAAGCAAUACUAGCAUAAGAAAAACUAAAAGCGUCAUCAAAUCUCAAAUAAACAGCAACGCAAGUCUUGAGCCACUUACAGAAAGUACAGGAAGUUCCGAUGAGGGAUCCAAAAAUUCAAGUGCAGAAACAUCAGAUUGGGACUUCCAUACUGCAAGAAAGACUCUUCGUCAAACAUCUGGUAAAGAUUUUUCACCAAUGAAAUCUUUGCGUACACUCGUUAGGGAAAAGUCGGCGAAGAGACGAACCUAUGGGCACGAUAUGACUUUUAAAGUUCCUCAAGCUUGCUGUUCUAAAUUUCAUGAAAACAUGGAUGUGUACAUAUCUGAAGAUGAUGGUAACGGUGAAAGAAAUGGCAUUAAUGAAGAAAUCAAUGAAGAUAUUCCACAACAGUCAUCCGAUAUGCCCAAUGACACCACUGAUGAAUCGGAUGAUCCGAUAUGCCCCAUGACACAAGCACAACUGACGAAUGAAAUCUCUACAACGAGGAGACAAGCUGAUUUGUUAAAGUUUUUCCAGAAGACGAAAGAAGAAAAUAUGGAGGAGAUACGCCACGUAGAGGAAGCAGUGGAGAAUUCCCUUAAAGCAACGAGAAAUGAAUCCUGUGAUAGGUUCCAAACGCCAGCCAGGCCAAAUGCAGCUCUGCGUCGGAUCAAUAUGAAAACUGGACAAACAAAAUCAAAAGUUAAACGAGUUAAAUCUACUUUGAUUCCAAUUGAAAAUCUACCCGCAGAAGUAUUGGAAGACAUGAAGUACAAACCCACUCGGAGAUAUCAACUGUGUAACGCCUCUUGGGCUACACAGAGGCUAUAUAAGUUUCUGGAGGCUAAAUUGGAGCCCAAAUACGACUACAAAGCCCGCGUUCGAGCUGAAAAACUGGUGAAGACAAUUUACAAUUUCACCAAAUACACUCGUCGUCACAAAGUAGCGCCUACAGAUGCCGUAAAUGUUUUGAAAUUGGAGAUGGCCAAAUUGAAAAUAGUGAAAACUCACCACGAGUUCUACGACUUCUUCGACGAGUUCAUGCCACGAAAGAUCCGCAUAAAGGUUGUACCUGACUUAGUGAAUCAAAUUCCGUUUCCUGAGCAUGGUCCCUUCUCAGAUAUCAUUCGAAAAAAUGAGUGA